AUGAUUGAAGUUUUCAUACUCAAGAUUGAAGAUCCCGGAUGCUUCUGGGUUAUUAUAAAAGGAUGUGAUAACUUUUUAGAUCAUGAAAUGGAAUACCAAAAGUUAAAUAUUCAAAUGAAUGCUUUCUAUAAUAGUAUAUAUAAAGAUGUUGAAAAAGUAAAGCCAUUACUUUUGGAAGAAGGACAGGCUUGUGUGGUUUAUUGUCAGGAACUGAAGUGCUGGUGUAGGGCAGUUAUUAAGUCAAUCAUGUCCUCUGCAGAUCAUUAUUUGGCAGAAUGCUUCCUGGUGGAUUUUGCUAAAUAUAUUCCUGUAAAAUCAAAAAACAUUCGAGUUGCAGUAGAUGCUUUCAUGCAACUUCCUUAUAGAGCAAAAAAGUUUAGACUAUACUGCACAAAACCAGUCACGUUACAUAUUGACUUCUGUGAAGAUAAUGCAGAAAUUGUACCUGCUAAGAAAUGGGAUAGUGCUGCUAUUCAGUACUUUCAGAAUAUUCUAAAAGCAACAACACAGAUUGAAGCGAAAUUAUGUGGUAUGGAAGAAGAUAUUUUUGAUGUUUACCUUUAUGUAACUAUAAAAAAUGAAAAGGUUUGUGUUAAUGAUGAUCUGGUUGCAAAGAACUUUGCUUGUUAUGUAACACCCAAGGAAAAGAAAAUUGAUUGUCCAGAGAAAGCUACACCAAAGAGUUUGGAAUCCCCUCCGGAUAAAAUCAACCCUGCACUUGCUCUUUGGCCAAUGUUGUUGCAAGAAAAGAUUCCUGAAAAACUUGAAAAAAGUGUGGUUUUAAAACGUAAUGGACUUUCUUUAGAUUUAUCCUCUAAAAAAAUCAAUGAGAAGAUAGAGAAUAUAUAUAAAGAAAAGGAGUGUAUCUCUUUAAAAGAAAUAAAUAACAUUACUGUCGCAGCUUCAGCAUAUUGUCCUAGAAAAGGAGGCAUAACUAUUUAUGCUGAGCCAGAUGUACGAGCAGAAAGUUCAUGUCAGAAGUUUAAUGAAAAACAAUUCAAAUUGACAUUGAAGAAGAAAUAUGAUGAAAAGAAUGGCUGUGUGAAGUUGCUACAAUUUUUAAAUCCUGAUCCUUUGAAAACUGAUGGCAUUCAUGAUAUGCAGCAGUUGCAGAAAUCCAAGUCUAGCAUCCCACAACCUUCUGUUGUUCUUCGAAAUAAAAUUGAACCCUGUUCAUUUGAAACUGCACCUCUUUCAUUGGAUUUAAAAAAGAUACUUAGAAAGAAUAAGUUUCUAGGACCCAAUCACACUGAGUCUUAUUGCUGGCCACCAAUAGCUCGUGGAUGUGAUGUGGUUGUUAUAUCUCAUCAUGGAAAUGAUCCUCUCUUAUAUAUUCCACCAAUGCUUACAUUUUUGCAAACAGGGGGCUGCUAUAAGUCAUUGCCAAGUAGAAAUGGACCAUUAGCAGUAAUUGUAUGCCCUGGAUGGAAAAAAGCACAACAUAUUUUUGAACUAUUAGAAGAGUAUGGUAGAUGUUCUAGACCUCUUCAUCCCAUGUUAUUAAUAAUCGGACUUAACAAAGAAGAAGCUCAAAAUAUGAAGUUUCAGAGGGGAUGUGAGGUGAUUAUAACAACACCCCAUAGCCUUUUGAGACUUCUGAAGUAUCAUAGCUUGUUAUUUCUUAGACUCUGUCACCUUAUUUUUGAUGAAAUUGAAGUGUUAUUCUUUGAAGCUGGUGAGCAAAUGCUUACUAUUUUAGACUAUUUCAAGAAAACUAUUAUAAUUGAAGAAAGAGAAUCUGCACCUCAUCAGAUUGUAGCUGUUGGAGCUCAUUGGAGCAAACAUAUAGAACUUUUAACCAAAGAAUUUAUGAAUGAUCCUUACGUUGUUAUAACAGCUAUGGAAGAAGCUGCUCUUUAUGGAAAUGUACAGCAGAUAGUACAACUUUGUCUAGACUGUGAAAAAACCUCAACAUUACUUCGGAUGCUUGAUUUCAGUCCAAGUCAUGCUCAGAAGACCUUGAUAUUCACAAGUAAUGUGGCUGAAGCAGAAAUAGUUUGUAAGGUAGUAGAAAGCAGUUCAAUAUUUUGCUUGAAAAUGCACACUGAAAUUGCAGCUAAUUUUAAAAAUGUAUUAGAGCAGUGGAAAAAGAAGUUAAGUCUUGGCUCUCAAAUUGUAUUGGUUUUAACUGAUGACUGCAUACCUCCUCUGGCAAUAACCGAUGCAACUUGUGUGAUUCAUUUUAGUUUUCCUGGUUCUCCAAAAAUUUUUGGAGGGCGUUUAUAUUGCAUGUCUGAUAAUUUCCAAAGUUUAAUUGAACAGGGUGCUUCUUCAGAACAAGGAAAUAAAAGGGCAAAAUCUGUCUUGUUACUGACAGAAAGAAGUGCAUGCUGUGCAGUUGGUGUAUUACGUUAUUUGGAACGAACAGAUGCUAAAAUUCCUCCAGAGUUAUGUGAUUUCACUGCAGGCGUUUUAGAAGCUAAGGAAGAUAAAAAACUCAGAAGACCUCUUUGUCAUUGUCUUAAAGUUUCUGGUUUUUGCAAAGAUAAAAGGAUAUGUCCAGAUCGACAUCAUAUUAACCCAGAAAUAGACAUGCCAAGAAAAUUAUCUGACCAAAAUCUGUCGACAAUUGGAUAUGUUAAAAUAAUACCUUUCUAUAUUGUGAAUGCUACAAACUAUUUUGGGCGCAUAGUUGAUAAACACAAGGAUCUGUAUGCAGUUCUUAAUAUGGAAAUGAAGGAGCAUUUUAAGGAAUCCAGUAAUAAAAUGUCUGUUGAAAAAGUUGAGAAGUUUGCAUUGUAUGGACUAUAUGAAAAGGGAGUUUUUCACAGGGUACAAGUUUUGGAAAUGAGCCCAAAAGAGGAAAAUUGUGUCUUUUUUAAUGUCCACAUAAAAUUUAUAGAUGAAGGCAGGACUAGUGAUACUAAAAAUCAUCAACUGCUUCAUCUACCCCAGAGAUUCCAAAAUCUGCCUCCUCAAGCUGUAGAAUUUAUUGUUUGUAGAGUGAAACCUAUUGACAAUGAAAUAGAAUGGAACCCAAAAGUCACUAGAUAUAUUCACCAUAAAAUUAUAGGAAAACUGCAUGAGGCUAAAGUAGUUCUAUCUUUGGGAAAUACAGUUUGGGUCGAUCCAAUGGUCCAUCUCACCAAGCUUUCAGAUUUGAAAACUUCUGUAAUUGAAUAUAAUGUUCGAGCUGAAAUUUUAUCGAUGGGAAUGGGUACUGAUAAUCCAGAACAUAUAGACCAACUUAAAAAACUGUGCCAAGAAAGUAAAAUGGUUGCACUUCAAGAGAACACAUUCCAAACAAUAAUAGCUCCUUUGACAUCCAGUAAAGGUAGAGAGGAUACAGGUGGCCUGCAAAACUCAAUAUCAGAUGAUGACAGAAUUUUAGAAAACAGUGUUUCCUUACAAGUGAAUACAGAAAAUUCAAAGUCUGAAGUGAUAUCAGAAAAUGAUGGAGAUAAUUACAUUAAAGAAACACCCCAAGAGCAGCAUAAAAGUUUCCACCCUGAAAUAAAAUGGUUUCAAAAAGAUGACGUUGUAAUUGUGAAGAUAAGGCUAAGAAAUGUAAAAGAUCAGAAAUGUAAAUUUUUUAGAGAAAGGGUGAUUUUCAGUGCUUGGGUAGGAGAUAAAUUUUACUUGGCUGAUAUGGACUUAUAUGCAAGUAUAUUAAAAGAAGAAUCCAAAUGUCUAAUUAAGAAUGAAGAACCUAUAGUUACUCUUGUAAAAGAGAAAAAAGAAUCUUGGCAUAAUUUACUCAAGAAAAGGAAUCCUAACGUGUCUUUUGAUUUCGAUCAUUGGGAGGAAUGUGAAGAUAUAAGUCCCUUUUCUAAUGUUGUGUGCUCUAGAAAGAUACUCAAUGCUGGUAUGCAGAUAAAUGAAGAUAUGGAUGAUUCUUCGGAGGACAGUGAAACUGAGAGUGAAUAGCAUGCAAAUUAAAUACUGGUUGGAAAACUGAAAUAAGGCAGUGUUCUAGCACUGUACCUGCAAGUUGAGAAAUUAUGCGUGGACACAUCUGAGCCUUUUUUAUUCCAAGGAAGAAAAAUUUUAUUGUCUAUAAAAUUAGUCAUUUAUUAAUGGUAAGAAUUACUUGAUUGUUGGUUCAUAAAGAGACCAAAAUUAGUAGCAAGGGGAGACACAGGAUACUCGAGUGGUGCUGGAUAUUGUUUACCUGGUUGAAAAAAUACAUGCCCAGCUAAUAAUGUACCUUCUGUUUUUAAAGUGAAGAUUGUUCUGAAUACAAGAGCUUGAGUGAAAUUGCCACUGUUGACUGAUUUGGGAGAUUUAGAUUUCAUAGAUCCUAAGGAAUGUCAGAAUGUUCUUAACUAAUUGACAAUAUUGAAAUCCUCAAGAUCACAGGUUUGAGUGAAAGCACAUGUAGAACUCAUACAUAGACUUUCUUUUCAAGCUUUACAAUUUCCAUUAAUUGGAAUUACCAAAUUUUCUUCCUUAAAAGUUAUUUGUAUUCAGUGAUGUAACACACACAUUUCUGUUUGAAUAUAUAGGGAAAAAAUAGAUCUUUAAAUUUAAAGAUAGAAUUAAAAUUUACAAGGUAGACAGGAUAAUGAAUGGUGUAUUGCACUAGUUUUAGAUAUUUGGACAUUCUCCUUUUUGUUAAGCAAAAGAAAGAAAGAAAAAGGUCCUGUCCUCAUGAAAUUUGGUAAUAGAAAUAUAUAUGUGUGAAUAUUUUAUGCACAUUUGAUAAAAAAUCAAAACUCUUCCAUUCAGCAGUUCUGUGACAUGGAGUGAAAUUAAACUUUGAGUCUCAGUUUUCUCAUCUGUAAAAUGGGCUACUUAUGAAGAGAAUCUAAGGGGGACAAUCACAGCACCAUUUUAAAAAAGUAUUUUUAAGAAGAACAAAGUUAGGACAUUUUUCCUGUGAUGAGAUGAAGUGACAGGUUACUCAUUUUGCCUGAGUAGGUGGGGAUUUUUUGCCUUUGUAUAGGUAGGUCUAAGGAUGUGUGUGUGUGUGCGUGCGUGUAUAGUGCAGCUCUUCCUUUUUGCCAUUUGUUAACUUUAAAGUUUAGUGAAUAUACUUUUGUUCCCCUAACUGUGAUGUUGUAUACUGCAGGUGGAACUGAGUGUUGGGGAGGCAGGUAGGUACAUGUAAUUCAAAGUGAAGUUAGAUUUUCUUUUUUGAUGGUUGAAUUUAAACUGAGUAAAAGGUAUCAAACUAUCAUCAUGUACUUUAUCCAGUGUCUCUCAAUAUUUUUUUGACUUUAUUUUAAUUUAUAUGUAUAUAACUUGUAUUCCCAGAUUUAAAAUAACUCAUUACAAUAUAAGCCUUGUUAAGUGAAUUCCCUUAUUGUGUACUCAGAGAUAAUCCAGUAAUCUUUAGGAUUUCAUUGCUGUCUGUCAGUAGUUUAUCCCUUUUUGCUUGCUAUUUUUGUUUUGUUCUUUUAUGAAAUCUUAUUUUGUAGCCUAUGAUAGAAUUGCCUAAAGAUAUUUAAUCCUAAGAAAUGCAAAGUUGUGGUGGCCUUUAAAAAAUAUUUAAAUUACUAUCAUUUGUUUUUUUUUUUUUUAAUCCAAACAUUUUUAAAGCCACCAAAUGGUUCAUUAGAAUUUUUUAAUUAUAUAAUUUCAUUUUAAAAGUAUGGAAUGUGCAAGUGCCAUUUUUGUAUUAAGAUAUAUGCUGUUAAAAGUGAUGUUACAACUUUUUUUUUUUUUAUAAUAGAAACAAGGCUUUCAGGCUCCACUAUAAAUAUUUUCUUGGAAAAUGGUUUAAUAUGAUAAAUAAUAUGCAGAGUUUUGUCUUAUGUAAAUGGUUUAUGGUUUUAGUCACUUCAUUGUAAUGAGAAGUGGGAAUGUGUCAUUAAUAAAAUAUGCUUGUUUUCGUUCAAAA